AUGGAUUUAGAUAUAACACUACCAAUAAUCACCCAGCUGGACGAUAUCUCAUGCCUAAUCUCAUUUCACACUCAAGAUAGGACCGUACACCAUGAACAAGACUUAGACUGGGUUAACAUCUCUGCUCCAGAUCAAUAUGAUGAUCAGCCGCCACCGAGAUUGGUGAACAAUGGCGGAGAUAUUAGGAAUGUCCGAGGCAAAAACAAAGGAAAAAAUAGCAUAACAAGGAAGACUACAACUCCAAGGAUUGCAUUUCACACUAGGAGUGCGGAUGAUAUUCUGGAUGAUGGGUAUAGAUGGCGAAAAUAUGGUCAGAAGUUUGUAAAGAAUAGUGUCCAACCCAGGUAG